AACGGUCAAUUGAUCCCAAAAAAACUUUAAAAAUAACUUCUGGUCGCACUCUUUUAUAUUCUACAUUUUACGACCACCAAAUUUUCCGUUCAAAAGAUAGAAUCCACAGUUUCACCGCCGUUUUGUUGUAAUUUUCCUGCCGUUUUAUGCUUUUCUCCCCUUUUGAAACCCUGUUCGUGCAAAAUAUCCUUCAAAUUAAGAAAUAAUAAAAAAACGUGUUUAGAUCUGAAGGCGCAGUUGGAUUGGGGGGGCGGCGUAUCGAAGCGCUUGAAUGAUCGGACGUUCUGUUGAGUUCUGAGGGUGGAGAACUGGUUUCCGUUGGGAGGAGAGGGUGGUUUUUGAUGGGCGAUCUCCGAGAUUGGUCGCCAAAAUCAAACGACGUCGUGUCUAACCAGAGGUCUUCAUCGUCAUCGAAUCAAGCGGGGAUUGGUGCAGAGUAUUUGCAAAAGGCUGAGGAAGCAACGCAGGGGAUCAUAGCCCAGGUUCAGCCAACGGUUGUUUCAGAAGAAAGGAGAAAAUCGGUCAUCGAUUACGUUCUGAGACUAAUUAGGAAUCAUCUUGGUUACGAGGUAUUUCCAUUUGGGUCAGUGCCCUUGAAGACCUAUCUUCCUGAUGGAGAUAUUGAUUUGACAGCCUUUGGUGCCCUAAACUCUGAGGAGGCUUUGGCCAAUGAUGUAUGUUCUGUUCUUGAAAGAGAAGACCAAAACAGAGCUGCGGAGUUUGUGGUGAAGGAUGUCCAAUUAAUUCGGGCAGAGGUUAAGCUUGUAAAGUGUCUAGUGCAGAACAUUGUGGUAGAUAUCUCUUUUAAUCAGUUGGGGGGGCUAUGUACGUUGUGCUUUCUUGAGCAGGUUGAUCGUCUUAUUGGAAAAGAUCAUCUAUUUAAACGCAGUAUUAUACUGAUAAAGGCUUGGUGCUACUAUGAGAGCCGUAUUCUUGGGGCUCAUCAUGGUUUGAUUUCUACCUAUGCUUUGGAGACUUUGGUGCUGUAUAUUUUCCAUCUAUUCCACUCAUCACUUGAUGGUCCUUUAGCGGUUUUAUAUAAAUUUUUGGAUUACUUUAGCAAAUUUGAUUGGGAAGACUACUGCAUCAGUUUGAAUGGUCCGAUCCAUAUAUCCUCCCUGCCAGAUAUUGUGGUUGAGAUGCCUGAAAAUGGUGGGGGGGAUUUACUGCUCAGCAAUGUUUUUCUCAGGGAAUGUGUGGAAAAGUUCUCAGUUCCAUCAAGGGGAUUUGAGACUAAUUCGCGCACAUUCCCUCAAAAGCAUCUAAACAUUGUAGAUCCUUUAAGAGAAAACAAUAAUCUUGGUCGCAGUGUAAGCAAAGGGAACUUUUAUCGUAUAAGAAGUGCUUUCAAUUAUGGGGCUCGGAAGCUGGGGUGCAUUCUUUCCCAGGCAGAAGAAAGCAUAGCAGAUGAACUUCGUAAGUUUUUCUCGAACACUCUGGAUAGGCAUGGAAGUGGACAGAGGCCUGAUGUUCAAGAUCCUGCCUCGUUGUCUAGAUUCAGUGGAUUUGGUGCAACAUCAUCAGUUUCAGGUACAGAGUCAUGUCAAGAAGAUCAAACCUUUUAUGAAUCAGAAUUUUCACAUGCAAGUACCAUGCCUGGGAAUUAUGGAUCUGAUAAUGAGGGAUCAUUGCACAAAGUCAGCAAUGGUAAUGUAUCUGGAAGGGAAACAAAUUUUAGUAGAACCCUUAAUGAACCGCAAGGUUCUGCAAAUGCUAUGAGUGUUUCAGAAGUCCGUCUCUCUGGGGAUGCUUUAGACCUGGCAACCGCCAGAAUUCAAGGUCUUGUAAUUUCAAAUAAUGCACAUAAAUCUUGCCCUCUGAAUGCAGAGGACGGUGUUUCUUCAUUGGAGAAUGUACGACAUGCACCUCAUCUCUAUUUCUGUAGCUCAUCUUUGGAUAAUGGAGAUAUAAGAAAUGGAAAUGCAGAAUGCAAACAAUCAGAAAAUUCUGGCUUGACUGAAAAUAAUAUGACUUCUGGUAUUCUUCCAGCAACCAGUGAGGAGCUGGGUACUAAUGUACAUGGUGAUCACAGCAAGAAUCAGUUGGUUGUUAGUCAAGGGGUUCAGUACCCUGUUGGAUUGAAGCACCAUCCCUUGAUUUCAAGUUCUGCUUCGUCAUCUGAGGAUUUAUUUCCUGGAUAUUCCAGUUAUCCGGCUUCCACUAGUGCUGCUGGGAGUCAGGAAGCUUUGAGCUCAUUGUCAGAUCUUUGUGGGGAUUAUGAUACUCACUUACGUAGUUUGGAUUGUGGCCGCUAUGAAUAUACCAUCAGUGCUUCUGCUCCUUCAAUUUCUUCACCUUUGGUUUCUCAGUUACAGAGCAAGAAUUCAUGGGAUGUAGUACGACAGUCAGUGCAGUUCCGGCGAAAUGCAAUUUCCCCGAUAAAUGCUAAUGGUGUUGUACCACAGCAAGCCUACUAUUCCAUGAACCCAACAAUGCUACAUGGUUCAGGCUUUGGAAUGGAAGAAAUGCUAAAGCCUCGAGGAACAGGGACAUACUUUCCCAAUCCCAACACGAACCAUUAUAGAGAUAGGUCCUUGACAUCAAGGGGAAGGAACCAAGCACCAGCAAGGUCUCCGCGCAACAACGGUCCUUCGAUUAAAUCCCCAGAUACUAAUUCACUGGAGAGAAGCAACCAUGAGAUUGCACAAGUGCAGUCAUCAAAUCAAGUUGGUGGAAAAUCUGGGUCUUUGGAUCUCCACCACUUUGGUUCUGAAAAAGUGUUAUCCCCUAAUGCCAAUGGCUCAGUGCAUCAGCGAGACAGGGUUGUAGAAUUUGGGUCAAAGAGGUCCCUACCAUUUUGGCCAGCCUCUACAGAAAGUAACAAGCAACAUAAUCCAGGUUCCCCUCGCGCUCAAAACUUGAGUGCAAGUCACCCACAAUUAGGAAUGCAAAGGCCAAAAUCAGCCGUGGGCAUGGAUCAGAACAGGAUCAUUGUACAAUCAUUCCAUUUAAAAAAUGAAGAAGAUUUCCCACCUUUAUCCAUCUGAUAGCUGUGGAAAGCAAUGAUCUUAAUUUUUGCGGUUGAAAAGUUUGGAAAAAUAGAACAAUUAAAGCUAACAAAGCCAGCCCGAGCCUCUGCUUGUGCGAAUAUGGCUCUUUGGUAGACAUUCCAAAGCUCAAUGUCUGGAGAUUCAUUAUUUUUGUGUUUUAUUUGUCAUAGUUGUACUUUAGCAAGUAAUCCAUGUAUAGGAUUUGUUGAAUUAUGCUUUUUUUUUUUGCCAAGGUUUUGAUAUCUUUGCCAGUAGCUCUUGGCGAAAAGUGUAGGUACAGAUUGUUAUUGCUGAUUGUUCAUGUAAAUUAUACUGCAAAAAUAGUGUUAUUUGCGCAGCUGUAACGGUUUAAUUCUUCUAGUUAUGGCUAUCGAUGUGGUUCGGUGGUUGCAAUACAAUUUGAUAUCUAGCUUUGUGCUGAUGAAGGCCAUGGCCAAAGUCAGCUUCUGGGCUUAUUGCUUUUGCAAUCCCUCUCGUAACCUUUCUGGGUUAUUCUUUGUUUAGAAAAAUGAAAUUUGGCAAUAUCAUUGAGCUUUUGAGCUUGUUAAAUAAGUGAGAAAGACAAACCAAAAAGAUUACUACUUGUUUUAUCCAUCAGAUCAGAUAUUACAAGUGAUUAAACUCAAAAUAUUCUUCUUAAACGUAUGAAUUUGUCAUUUGAUGCCACAUGGUUUGUGACUUGAGACAAAUCCCACAAAGAAAAACAAA